UUGCCGCUGUUCUCUGCGGCCGGAGCGGCUCCGUUAACCGGGAGCGGACGGGGUGAAUCCCGAAACGUAACAGCUCACGCUGAGGUGUGGAGCUCUUUGGUUUCAACGCGUGUUUGAGUGGAACUUUACCGAUUCGGAAAAUCUUUGCGCUCCAGGCUGUACCUCAGUACCAGCGGGAGGGGGAAACGCCGCCGCUGCUCGGCGUUUACCGUAAACCGGGAAGGUCGGCCUGGCUUCUGGGGAAUAUUCCGGCCUGAACGUCGUCCUACAGGCAAGCAGAACUGGAGCGUGUUGCAUAAAUUAGCCCUUCCAGACUAGGCAACAGAGCAUCAUCACCAAAUGACAGAAGAAACUCGUGCGCGGUAUUUCAAUACAUUAGGACUGGUGGUGUACUUGCAGUGGCUUGCCUUUGUAUCUGGCAGAGCUUUGUCACAGAACAAGAGGAAGCCAUGGUGUGCAUUCCUUGUAUAGUCAUUCCGGUUCUCCUCUGGGUCUACAAGAAAUUCCUUGAACCGUAUAUCUAUCCCGUCAUCGCACCUUUCAUUAAGCGUGUAUGGCCCAAGAAAGCUGUGCAAGAAACAACAGCCACAAAACAAGGUCAAAGAGGCAGCGCUGGGAAUCCACGGGCACCUUCAGCCACGAAAAGAGAUCAGGAGGAUGAAUCUGGAAUUUAUAAAUUUGAAAGCAAUGGCGUUGCAAAUGGAAUUGCCGCAAAGAGAUCCACAGAAGUUUCUGACAAGAAAACGGAUUAAAGGAAUUCAUUCAUAAGGAUUUUAUUCCCUUGUGUCCAAUAUGAACUGGUGAUAUUUCUCUCACUUUCAGACUUUUUUUUUCUUUGCACAUUUUAGCUGAAUAAAAACCGUUACCGCUUACA